GCUAUAGAAACUAGAACUUUCUGUAGAGCGGAGCCGUCGCAGUGCUGCUGGUUGGAGAGCGCAAAAGAGGCUGGAGCACGGGGACUUUUAUUAAUUAGCUGCUUUACAGAUUACGAAGGAUUUUUUUUAAUACGUUACGAUAACGACAAUCCUACCUCGAGGCUCCGACGUUUUCUUUUUUAUUCUUUAGCAGCUGGUGUGAAAACAGAAACGUGCAAGUGAUAUAUAAAAACGACAAUGGCUCAGUUCAACAAAGGACCAUCUUACGGUUUAUCAGCCGAAGUUAAAAACAAGAUUGCACAGAAAUAUGAUCCUCUAAAGGAAGAGGAAUUGCGGGUUUGGAUUGAAGAUCUCACUGGAAUGCCAAUUGGGGACAACUUCCAAAAGGGCCUAAAAGAUGGAGUCAUCCUGUGCGAAUUAAUCAAUAAACUUGCACAUGGAUCAGUAAAAAAAAUUAAUCAUUCCCAAUUAAAUUGGCAUAAGCUUGAGAAUCUUGGGAAUUUUAUCAAGGCAAUGCUAUCCUAUGGCAUGAAGCCUACUGACAUCUUUGAAGCAAAUGACCUUUUUGAGAACGGCAACAUGACCCAAGUUCAGACUUCACUCAUGGCCCUUGCUAGUCUGGCAAAGACCAAAGGUAUUGAUUCAAAGGUUGACAUUGGUGUCAAAUAUGCAGACAAGCAAUCCAGAACCUUUGAUGAGGAAAAACUUAAAGCUGGUCAGUGUGUUAUUGGCUUGCAGAUGGGGACAAACAAGUGUGCCAGCCAGGCAGGCAUGACUGCAUAUGGUACCAGAAGACAUCUUUAUGAUCCAAAGACUCAAGCAGAUAAACCAUAUGACCAGACUACUAUAAGUUUACAGAUGGGAACCAACAAAGGGGCAAGCCAGGCUGGCAUGUUGGCUCCGGGAACAAGAAGAGACAUUUUUGAUCAGAAACUCUCCCAGCAGCCUAUGGACUCCACUACCAUUUCACUACAGAUGGGCACCAAUAAAGUGGCCUCGCAAAAGGGCAUGAGUGUCUAUGGGCUGGGCCGUCAGGUAUACGAUUCCAAGUACUGUGUUCCUCCAACGGAACCUGUAAUUCAUGCCAACGGAAGCCAGGGCACAGGAACAAAUGGUUCGGAGAUUAGCGACAGCGACUACCAAGCAGAGUACCCAGAGGAGUAUCAAGGCAGCUACCACGAUGAAUACCAAGGUCAUUACAAUGAUCAAGCCAUAGAUUAUUAAGUGCUUCAUUUUAGAAACCAGUGUUAAUCCAUUUUUUUUUUCCAGCCAAGAAAGCCUUUGCAUUGCGUCUUCCCUAUUUACUGAUGCCUAAGAGAACAUUUGCCUUGUGAUCGUUCCUUUUCCAAGUUUAACCUCAGUCCUUGCAUUUAAAACUUCCACUUUAUCUAGUUGCCUUUACAGCUGUAAACUUUGGUAUUCUAAAAGCAAUAUAUUCUGAGUACUGUGAAGAAUUGUCUGUCUUUUGACUUACAGCAGGCUAUGCAGCGUGAGAUUUAUUUACCUCUUGCAGUGUUUCUGCCUUUUCUCUUAAAUGUGUCUUAAGUGGAAACCUAAAGCCUUACGUUAUGGAGCUCCAUUUGUUAAGCAGGCCAACACACAAAACUCGACCAAGUGCACGAGUCGGAGGGGAUUUCAGCAUAGCUUUGUGGUGCCUAGUGUGCCGAUCGUGAUAGUCAGGUGGGCUGUCGGGCAGUUUGCAGCAGUCGCUGAUACGCUUACUCAGAUGGCUAAUAAUUACGUCCUAAAUGAGUUGGUAAAGAAACGUUGGAAUUUAAAAAACAAAAAAAUAUUUUUAAGCAUGAAGUAAAUUGUGUAUGUGUGUGUUUUAUUUUUAAUAUAGAACUGACCAAACCUUAAAGGUGUUAAAGUUUAGAUUUUAAUGCGUUCUGUGCUGUUAGUUUUGCCAUGUUACUUUUAAUGUAUGUGCCAUAUGUUCCUGUUUUUAGAACUGUUUGCCAUUGUAUUUAUUGCCAUGUCUUUCAGUAUAAAUCUGUUCUAUGUAUUGUUCUUUUAUAAAUAAAUUGUUUUUUGUUUUAAA